AGCGUUUUACUAGAGGAUAACCUAACAGAAAUUAGAACAAAGACUACAGCGUUUUACUAGAGGAUAACCUAACUAACAGAAAUUAGAACAAAGACUACAGCGUUUUACUAGAGGAUAACCUAACAGAAAUUAGAACAAAGACUACAGCGUUUUACUAGAGGAUAACCUAACUAACAGAAAUUAGAACAAAGACUACAGCGUUUUACUAGGGGAUAACCUAACUAACAGAAAUUAGAACAAAGACUACAGCGUUUUACUAGAGGAUAACCUAACAGUAAUUAGAACAAGACUACAGCGUUUUACUAGAGGAUAACCUAACUAACAGAAAUUAGAACAAAGACUACAGCGUUUUACUAGAGGAUAACCUAACUAACAGAAAUUAGAACAAAGACUACAGCGUUUUACUAGAGGAUAACCUAACUAACAGAAAUUAGAACAAAGACUACAGCGUUUUACUAGAGGAUAACCUAACAGAAAUUAGAACAAAGACUACAGCGUUUUACUAGAGGAUAACCUAACAGUAAUUAGAACAAGACUACAGCGUUUUACUAGAGGAUAACCUAACAGUAAUUAGAACAAGACUACAGCGUUUUACUAGAGGAUAACCUAACAGAAAUUAGAUCAAAGACUACAGCGUUUUACUAGAGGAUAACCUAACAGAAAUUAGAACAAAGACUACAGCGUUUUACUAGAGGAUAACCUAACAGACUUGAGAGAGGACGUAGGCUACACUCGGGUGAAGGUCAAGAACUGUUUGAUUGCCUCACACGGAAGGAGAGGAUGGAGGUUGUUUUCAAGGAGGGGAUGCUCUACGUGAAGGGAAACAAGUUUGGAAAGAAAACGUGGAGGAAGACGUGGAUCGUUCUCUACCCCACUAGCAUAUUCGGCAUCGGUCGAGUCGAAUUCCACGACAUCCUUGACGGAGGCCACACAACCACCAAGUCCAAAUCCACCCAGUGUAGGAGGAUUGUUCAGCUGUGUGACUGCCUCAGUGUUACCCUGGCCCCAGACGAGAGCUUCCCUCCAGCGCUACCUAACGAUGACUGUAGAGCGUUCGACCUGAACACCACACAAAGAAGAUACAUCCUGGCCUCAGAGAACUACCAUGACUGGGUGGGGGCUCUCUGCCAACUAGCCUUCCAGAAAGAGCCUGGACACACAGAGACCAGAGAGAAGGAGAGAGGAGGUGGGAUGGGGAUACCCAUGGAGGAGAAUGAGCUGUAUGCUACCUGGAAGACAGCCCAAUACCCGGUGACAGUUAAGACAAAUGAGGCGUCGAGGAGAUGUCAGCUGACAGGAAGUUACCUCCUCUUGCCAGAACGAGAUGCCAUAUUGCUCCAGGACCUCCAGACUGGUGUUACCGUCCACUGCUGGCCCUACCACCUGCUACGACGCUUCGGACAGGUCAAGGGGGGCUUCAGCAUCGAGGCGGGCCGUCGCUGUAGCUCGGGAGAGGGUCAAUUCACCUUCAUGUCUAAGCACGCUCCUCAGAUCUACAAGGCCAUGGAAGAUGCUCUUACUCUGCACAGCGAGAUGGAGAAUGAAGACACCAAGACCUCUAUCCAACAUCCUAGCAACUCAUCGUCUCCUCAACUUCCUCAUUCUUCCACCUCUACUCACCUUCCACAUAACUCAUCGUCUCCUCAACUUCCUCAUUCUUCCACCUCUACUCACCUUCCACGUAACUCAUCGUCUCCUCAACUUCCUCAUUCUUCCACCUCUACUCACCUUCCACAUAACUCAUCGUCUCCUCAACUUCCUCAUUCUUCCACCUCUACUCACCUUCCACGUAACUCAUCGUCUCCUCAACUUCCUCCUUCUUCCACCUCUACUCCCCCUCCUGUCAAACAAAGAGUCCACACCCGCACCGACCUAUCAGACAGACCCACUGCCCCUUCUCUACCAAUGAGAAACAACCUCUUACACAGCCCUCCAAUCAUAUCUCCUGUUACUGAACAGGUUCCGGGGUCUGAGCCAAUGGCUGACUCUGAUUGUGAUCUGUAUGCCACUAUAGAGGACCACCUCCUCCCCAGAAUGAAGCACCCGCCAGCCCCACUCAGGAUGCAGCACAGCCUUCAUCUCUAUGAGGAGGAAGAGGAGGAGGAGAGGUGUCACUCUCUGGAUACAGUCGACCUGAACAAACUGAGGCUGGGGGUGGGGCUGGGGGAGGGGUCUCCUUAUUACAACCUGAGAAGGGGUAUUACUGGGAGGGCAGAGGAGGAGGAGGAGGAGGAGAGGGAGAGUAUGGUGGGUAGCUCACAGUGUAUCUAUGCUUUAGUGAACAAGCCCUCUGAGACCCAACCACUGUCUCUGGCCUGGUCCCUGCCUCAACCCCAAACCCAGUCCCGGUCUAUGCCAAACCUCUCCCGCCUGCAGGCCCAGGCCCAGCUACAGGGGGAAGAAGAGAUGGGCUCGGGGGGCUCCAUCACCCCCAACCAGGACCCUAUCAGCUUUAAACAGAAGCUCUCUGACAUCCUGGGUAAGGAUCUGGCUAAGUUCCAGCAGCCCCUACCCCCCCUGGCCACAGUGACACCAAGAGGCAGCGAAUACUAAUGUCUACCGUUACUAAAAGACUUGUGACUGUUACACCAGCUCUAUCAGGUCCAUCAGAACUAGAAGACGUGGGGAGGUGACUGUUAUACCAGCUCUAUCAGAACUAGAAGACAUGGGGAGGGGACUGUUAUACCAGCUCUAUCAGAACUAGAAGACAUGGGGAGGGGACAGUUAUACCAGCUCUAUCAGAACUAGAAGACAUGGGGAGGGGACAGUUAUACCAGCUCUAUCAGAACUAGAAGACAAGGGGAGGGGACUGUUAUACCAGCUCUAUCAGAACUAGAAGACAUGGGGAGGGGACUGUUAUAUCAGCUCUAUCAGAACUAGAAGACAUGGGGAGGGGACAGUUAUACCAGCUCUAUCAGAACUAGAAGACAUGGGGAGGGGACUGUUAUACCAGCUCUAUCAGAACUAGAAGACAUGGGGAGGUGACUGUUAUACCAGCUCUAUCAGAACUAGAAGACAUGGGGAGGGGACUGUUAUACCAGCUCUAUCAGAACUAGAAGACAUGGGGAGGGGACUGUUAUACCAGCUCUAUCAGAACUAGAAGACAUGGGGAGGGGACUGUUAUACCAGCUCUAUCAGAACUAGAAGACAUGGGGAGGGGACUGUUAUACCAGCUCUAUCAGAACUAGAAGACAUGGGGAGGGGACUGUUAUACCAGCUCUAUCAGAACUAGAAGACAUGGGGAGGUGACUGUUAUACCAGCUCUAUCAGAACUAGAAGACAUGGGGAGGGGACUGUUAUACCAGCUCUAUCAGAACUAGAAGACAUGGGGAGGGGACUGUUAUACCAGCUCUAUCUGGUCCAUCAGAACUAGAAGACAUGGGGAGGUGACUGUUAUACCAGCUCUAUCAGAACUAGAAGACAUGGGGAGGGGACUGUUAUACCAGCUCUAUCAGAACUAGAAGACAUGGGGAGGGGACUGUUAUACCAGCUCUAUCAGAACUAGAAGACAUGGGGAGGGGACUGUUAUACCAGCUCUAUCAGAACUAGAAGACAUGGGGAGGGGACUGUUAUACCAGCUCUAUUAGAACUAAAAGACAUGGGGAGGGGACUGUUAUACCAGCUCUAUCAGAACUAGAAGACAUGGGGAGGGGACUGUUAUACCAGCUCUAUCAGAACUAGAAGACAUGGGGAGGGGAUUGUUAUACCAGCUCUAUCAGAACUAGAAGACAUGGGGAGGGGACUGUUAUACCAGCUCUAUCAGAACUAGAAGAUAUGGGGAGGGGACUGUUAUACCAGCUCUAUCAGAACUAGAAGACAUGGGGAGGGGACUGUUAUACCAGCUCUAUCAGAACUAGAAGACAUGGGGAGGGGACUGUUAUACCAGCUCUAUCAGAACUAGAAGACAUGGGGAGGGGACUGUUAUACCAGCUCUAUCAGAACUAGAAGACAUGGGGAGGGGACUGUUAUACCAGCUCUAUCAGAACUAGAAGACAUGUGGAGGUGACUUGGGACUGUUAUACCAGCUCUAUCUGGUCUAUCAGAACUAGAAGACAUGGGGAGGGGACUGUUAUACCAGCUCUAUCAGAACUAGAAGACAUGGGGAGGGGACUGUUAUACCAGCUCUAUCAGAACUAGAAGACAUGGGGAGGGGACUGUUAUACCAGCUCUAUCAGAACUAGAAGACAUGGGGAGGUGACUGUUAUACCAGCUCUAUCAGCUCUAUCAGAACUAGAAGACAUGGGGAGGGGACUGUUAUACCAGCUCUAUCAGAACUAGAAGACAUGGGGAGGGGACUGUUAUACCAGCUCUAUCAGAACUAGAAGACAUGGGGAGGGGACUGUUAUACCAGCUCUAUCAGAACUAGAAGACAUGGGGAGGGGACUGUUAUACCAGCUCUAUUAGAACUAAAAGACAUGGGGAGGGGACUGUUAUACCAGCUCUAUCAGAACUAGAAGACAUGGGGAGGGGACUGUUAUACCAGCUCUAUCAGAACUAGAAGACAUGGGGAGGGGAUUGUUAUACCAGCUCUAUCAGAACUAGAAGACAUGGGGAGGGGAUUGUUAUACCAGCUCUAUCAGAACUAGAAGACAUGGGGAGGGGACUGUUAUACCAGCUCUAUCAGAACUAGAAGACAUGGGGAGGGGACUGUUAUACCAGCUCUAUCAGAACUAGAAGACAUGGGGAGGGGACUGUUAUACCAGCUCUAUCAGAACUAGAAGACAUGGGGAGGGGACUGUUAUACCAGCUCUAUCAGAACUAGAAGACAUGGGGAGGGGACUGUUAUACCAGCUCUAUCAGAACUAGAAGACAUGGGGAGGGGACUGUUAUACCAGCUCUAUCAGAACUAGAAGACUUGUGGAGGUGACUUGGGACUGUUAUACCAGCUCUAUCAGGUCUAUCAGAACUAGAAGACAUGGGGAGGGGACUGUUAUACCAGCUCUAUCAGAACUAGAAGACAUGGGGAGGGGACUGUUAUACCAGCUCUAUCAGAACUAGAAGACAUGGGGAGGGGACUGUUAUACCAGCUCUAUCAGAACUAGAAGACAUGGGGAGGUGACUGUUAUACCAGCUCUAUCAGCUCUAUCAGAACUAGAAGACAUGGGGAGGGGACUGUUAUACCAGCUCUAUCAGAACUAGAAGACGUGGGGAGGUGACUGUUAUACCAGCUCCAUCAGAACUAGAAGACAUGGGGAGGUGACUGUUAUACCAGCUCUAUCAGAACUAGAAGACAUGGGGAGGGGACUGUUAUACCAGCUCUAUCAGAACUAGAAGACAUGGGGAGGGGACUGUUAUACCAGCUCUAUCAGAACUAGAAGACAUGGGGAGGGGACUGUUAUACCAGCUCUAUCAGAACUAGAAGACAUGGGGAGGGGACAGUUAUACCAGCUCUAUCAGAACUAGAAGACAUGGGGAGGGGACUGUUAUACCAGCUCUAUCAGAACUAGAAGACAUGGGGAGGUGACUGUUAUAUCAGCUCUAUCAGAACUAGAAGACAUGGGGAGGGGACUGUUAUACCAGCUCUAUCAGAACUAGAAGACAUGGGGAGGUGACUGUUAUACCAGCUCUAUCAGAACUAGAAGACAUGGGGAGGGGACUGUUAUACCAGCUCUAUCAGAACUAGAAGACAUGGGGAGGUGACUGUUAUACCAGCUCUAUCAGAACUAGAAGACAUGGGGAGGGGACUGUUAUACCAGCUCUAUCAGAACUAGAAGACAUGGGGAGGGGACUGUUAUACCAGCUCUAUCAGAACUAGAAGACAUGGGGAGGGGACUGUUAUACCAGCUCUAUCAGCUCUAUCAGAACUAGAAGACAUGGGGAGGGGACUGUUAUACCAGCUCUAUCUGGUCCAUCAGAACUAGAAGACAUGGGGAGGUGACUGUUAUACCAGCUCUAUCAGAACUAGAAGACAUGGGGAGGGGACUGUUAUACCAGUGGCUGUAAUUAUCACUAUUAGGACUCUAUCCCGACCUAAUCUCAUCUACCCAGAACAAUAUCAUGUAAGUUAUGUAGUCUGUUCACAAGACAUGCUAUGAGAGAAGGAAACCAACCAGCAUUAUUCAAAAUAUAGGAUUCCAUCAAAAGUGUUGUGUGUGCAUUUGUAAAUUGCAUUUUUAUUUCAACAUUUACAUAUUAUGGAUGUAUCUCUUGCAUUAAAUUAAAAUAUAUUGAAACAA